AUGGAUGCUCGUCCGCUAGGACCAGUGUGUGGACUUCUGGAGGUAGCAGACCGGGUCAAAUUUCAUUUGGUGGUGCCACUCGGGACUGAGGUUGAUGGACGGGACGAAAGUGAGGCCUUUAUCGAGGAGGGAGCGCUGCGAGGAGGCCCCUUCCGGAUUCCCGAAAAAAAUUGGGACCAGCUUGGACCCGCUUCGGGAACCGGCGUGCGUGGAGGAGGAGUGUCCCCGAGGGGCACGUCCGGAAGAGGCGCGUCCGGGAGGGGCGCGUCCAGGAGUGAGGAAGUCGGCGUAGGUGGUCUCGGUUGGUCAGCACCAAGUUGGGACCAACUAGGAGGCGUGUCAAGAGGCAGCUGGGACCACCCUGGGUGCACUACCGGGGGUGACGCCGGCUGCUCAGGUAGCGGUGGCGCCUCGGGAAGCGCAGGGGGGACCCCGACCUCGGUCUCGACACGCCCAGGCGGCCCGGGUGGCGGGACCAGGGGAGCCGGAACAACGGAGCAGUCAGGAGGACUACUACAUGGCUCCAGGGGGCGUGUCGCUCUCUGGGGCCUGGAUGGUGCUGCAGCCAGAGAGGAAGGUGACAACACCGGGAAGGGGACCGGGGUGACCUGUCCCCGAGGACCCGGAACCUGUUCCACCACAGGGGACCAGUCUCCGCCCAUAGGGUCGGUCAUAGUGGAGACCGUGGCGCGCGCAGGAGCGUGCUGGGCUGGAACCGGCAGGGGCCACGAGGGUUGCACCGGGGGGUGCACUGCGUCCACCACCAUUCGGGUGCUGGACGGGUCCAAGCGGACUGGUGACCCCGUCUGCUGCGAUCGCGCGGGACUCCCCCCCUCGUCCACGGCACGAGCGUCGACACAGAUCGAGAUGACCAGACCCUCGGCUAGCCGAAGUGUUUCGGCGGUCAGUCUGCGUCCCAGGUGUGUCUUGGCCCACGCCGAGGGUUAG